GCCAUACGAACUUAAAAGAGUGCAUGUUAACUCAGUACUAAUCAUUGCUGCUUAGUUGAAUUGUAUUUAAAAUUCUACCCUGUUUAAUAUAGUAAAGAAAAUGAAAACAAAGAAGCAUGUUUGUAUAGACUUUUUUUUUCAUUUGAAAUGUAUGGAAGAUUUGAAUAUUACUGCUCCACAUGCACACUCUGUAUAGUACGUAUUUCAAUGUUCAUGCGCAUACAGAAAUAGUACCAGAAGUAAAUGAAUUUUCAUUUAAAUUCAUGUACACAUAUGAGAUAUAAUUUUCAAUUUCAAAAUUUCAAAUGUACAAAAGUGAUAUAAAUAACACUUAUGAUUAAUAUAGACAUGCUUACGUUUCGAAUAAAAAAAAUCAUGUACAAUGCGUAGUAAUAUCAAAACGUAAACAAGAUAGCGUGGGUUUGAGAAAGCGAAAGUGUCCAGAGAAGAUUUUGAGCAGAUUUUCAUCAUUAGAAGGAAUUCAGUAAACAACAACUGCGUAAAAAGAUCAAGAAUUAGAGAGAAGUUGACAUGGCUACAACUAUCUCUCUGUCAGAUCUGAUGGCUCAAAAGGGUCAAAUCCCUUACACUAAGAGUGUUAAAGCCAAAGUGAUCGACACCGAUCCGGAACAUUCCUACACCAAUGAGAGAAAUGAGUCACGUAUUCUGAAAAACUGUGUCAUAGCUGAUGAGGGAAAAGCAGUUCUGUGCGUCGUGUAUGACCAGACAAAAUUCCCAAGAUUCAAGGAGGGGAGCUCAGUUAUCUUGAGAAAUGUGAUUAAGAAGCCUGACGGGGUUGCUGUCACUAGCAACACAAAGGUAUUCCCCUGUGCAGAAGUUAGUGUUCCUGAGCACAUUGUGAACCAAGCUAAAAAUCUUCUGCACCCCCCACCUGCCCCAACAAAGACGGUGAGCGAAGCUUUGAAUUCGCCGCCUAAAGAGAGAGUUUCAAUAAAGGGGACAAUCACCCAGGAAGAAGCAACAAGACAAGUUUUUGUAAGGGAGGAAAGAGUUAAUGUAAAGAACAUUUACAUAGAGGAUGCAACAAGCAAGUGCAAAGUUGCAUUGUGGCGCAGCUUUGCUGAAAAAGACAUAAGACCAGGAGAUUAUGUCCAUAUCACAGAUGUUGUGAUCAACACCUUCCGCAAUGAAGUGUCCUUGACAACAACUUCAAAAACCAAAAUUACAAAGACGGAUUGUCCUCCAGAAGUGAAAGUCAAGCAGGCUGUCUCUGGCUGUGUUGAUGGGGAAAAUAUGACAUUCCUGUUGGAAGAUGAUACCAUUCUAACCAUGCCAUUGGAAUUGGUAGAAGUUGCCCUACCAAAUGUUGAGAAAGAGGAAAUUGAAAGUUAUGUAAUCAGCCGCUGCAAUCCGAUGCUGUCUAUUAGAUGCACCUCAAAGGGGAGCAGUGUCAUAAGCAUUGAGUUUUUGUGAACAUUAAUGUAAUGUUCUUUGAACACUUAAUAAUCUUAAAGGAAUUCUAGAAAUAAUCUCCGCCAUGUUUAAUGUCUCCAUUAAAAGAUGUUUACUUUUAUCAUAAACAUUUGCUUGAAAAUAAUUUGGAAAUUUUCUGCUGUCCAGAAACAUUUUUAGAUGUGAACUGAUCAAUUGCAUGUUGAGUAGUUGUAUUGUUUUGUAGGAGUGUGGAUGUUCUUGUGAAUUUUGUUUUUUUUGUUAUGCUUGUCUGCAUAUUUCUUAUCAAAUUGUAACAUUUUUUAAAGCAAGUUCUGCUUUUUUGUAUAUAUUUCAUCUAAAUACUUUGUUUGUUUACAUAUGGAUUGUUCUAAACAGAGAGUCUAGAAAUCUUAACAUACGGCUAUGUUUCAAGGUGAUUUUGCCUUGUUUCUUAUCUGGCAUAGAGACUCUGCAUAUACCAGGUUAUGUCCUGCUUCCUAAUUUCACUUAUUGUAUAGCCAUUAUUGCAAAUAUCAUUUUUAUAAAUUUCUCAGAAUAAUAUCAUUACACAGUCCUAUAUGUUCAUACAUUUCGUUAAAAAAAAACAGGUUGUGAAUAACAACAUACAAUGUCCUUUGAAAAUAUAUCAUACAAUAUAAUUCUUUACCUUUCAAUUAUUCCUAUAUUUCAUUGCCCUAUUACAUUUUCAUUUACCUGACUAUAAUCCUAAAAUAUGUGUCAUACCAAUUGUAACAUAUAUUUUGCAUAGAACAUAUGAAAGUUGACAUCAUUAGUAUUUUUGAAACCUGAUAUUUUUCAGAAAGUGCCAAAAAAUGCCAUAUUUUACAAUUGUUUACCUCUUACAUAUUUUUAUAUUUCAUUGCUCAAUUACUUUUUCAAUUAUGCUUCCUAAAAUCCCAAAAUAUGUGUCAUACUAAUUGUGUAGUGCCGAAAAAUGCCAUGACCUUUUCAUCAAUUGUGUGCUUGUCUGAAAUAGUAUUGAUGCAUUUCUCUCUGUGGACAAGUUAUCUUCUAAAAUAUGUUACAGUUUUUUUUUAAAUUGUUCAGUUCUCCUACAUGUUUAACAUAAACAUGUUAAUUGUACAAAUAUUGUAACAUUUUUCUACCUUUAAAUUUAUUGUUGUUUUGAUAAUGUAGUACACAUAUGUAAUGUUGGGUUUUUGUUUAGUUUACCAAACCUUUACUUGUAAUGUUUACAUUACAUGUAUUUCUAUUUCUUAAAAGAUUGUGUGCUUAUUUCAUGCCAAUUUUAAUAUUCAUAAGUACUUAUGAAAAUAGGAUGGCCAAUCAUAUAUCCUAAUUACACCCAAUCAUUUACUCUAAUUUUCCCUAUAUAGUGCCAAAAACAGUGCUGCCAAAUAGAACUCAUAUCUUGCCAUGAAAAUAGCACAUAUUUUUGUUUUAUAUUUCCUACUGUCCUUAAAAGAUGUCUUAAUGUGUUCAGCUAGUCUUGUAUAUAUGACUUUUGUUACCUAUGUUUUGAUUGUUAAAAUCUGAUAAUACUCAUUUUCAAUUGCAAUGUCUUCAAACUUUCAAAGACCAUCAUGCUCACGCAUAAAAUGUUCAUUUACAUUGUCUGACCAUAUAUUGCCCCAUCAGAAAUGUCUGAUGUGUUAUUUUUUUUUUCAUCUUCAAAAUCAAUUUUACUUGUUUAUUUCAUUUCCUUGGGCAUAUUAUUUGAUUAGUGCACACUUGACAUUAAAAACCAUAUAGAAUUAUAUUUUGCUUGAAAAGGUCCAUAAUCUACAAACAGUUUUGCUUACGAUAUCUACCUUGCACAAACAAUAUCAACUGCUUAAACACAUAUGAUAUUUGAAACGUGCUUUUCAAAACAAACCAAUCACCAGUACACUGUUUAAAAACUUAAAUUAUUUUAACAUCAUAGUAAGUACGUAAGAUCAACUAUGAUGAACAAUUUCAAACAUAGGCUUAGUUGUUGAUUGUUCUAGUUUUAUGACUAGACAAAAAGUUAUUCAUAUCUAGAUUUACUCUUUAGAUAGCAGUGUCUAAUCUGUAGGUAGUACUUAUUAGGAUGUGUUGUAUAGAUACUAGAAAAUUUUUUACCUUCUAGAAUAGAUUAUACCCCUGCUCAGAAGAAGAUGCUUUUAUUUACCAUUUUACCCAUGUGUCUGACUGACUGUAACAAAUUUUAAUAACAUUUCUCUCUGCAACUAUUAUUCUAAAAUGCUUGACAAUCAAACACUGUGUUUGUUUAGGUAUGCUAAAUGUAGGGAUGAAUUUUUGUACAAAUAUUGUGUCGAUUUUCUGUUAAAUUGUUACUGUUUCUAUGUUAGAUAUACAUUUUAAACAUAUUUUCACAACCACUCAUUAAUUGUGUUUCAAACUUUCACACUCUUUUCGUCCAGUCCUGCUAGAAGGAGGGUUUCUUAUCUAAAUAAAGAAACUUUGGCUCAUUCUGUUUCUUUAUCUCAUAGCGGGGGUAUUGUUACUGAGCAUUGGCUAGCAGAUACAUGUGAUUUUUUUCUGUUUCACAUUUUAUGCAUGUGUUCUUCUCCAUACAAUUUUGUUGUGUAUGAAAUAUCAUAUGUUUUAAAAAAAACCUUCCACUGCUCCUUUAACUGUUAUUAUUAUUCAUUGAUAUUGCAUUUAAUAUAUCGCUAAUCUGUUUGUUUAUCCUAUUGGUGAAAAAUUACUUUACAUCUACAUAGUUACUAGAUUCUGCCUCACCAAAGACAGCGUUCUUUGUUUUACAAAAGUAAUAAUUUCUUGGUUUAUUCAUACUUUAUCUAUAGUUCAUAUUUGUUAAAUAUG